AUGGAAAUAACAUUUUAUCAAGAAUUAACAACUAUUAGCCUCAGCGGCGAGCUCCUUUCCGAUGCUACCUGUGAAAAACUUCUAACCGCAUCGGAGAUAGAAUUACUCCCACUUCUGGAUGCAGCGUAUCAGGUUCGCAAAACCUACUUUCAAAAUGAGGUACAACUGCAUAUCCUCAACAACGCCCAGAACGGCUACUGCCCAGAGGAUUGCCAUUAUUGCGCGCAGGCAAAUUCCGCAACGACAGACAUCGAAGCCUACCCUUUAAAACCUGAUACUGAGAUUCUGGCGGAAGCUGAACGCGCUUAUGAAUCCGGCGCGUAUCGCUACUGCAUUGUAAUGAGUGGACGCGGUCCCUCACCAAAACGAGUCGCUCACCUUGCGAAACUCAUCCGCACUGUAAAAGCGCGCUACCCGAUCGAAGUGUGUCUCUCCGCCGGAUUGGUUGAUGUAGAAUCUGCUGGUAUCUUAAAGUCCGCGGGAUUGGACAGAUUGAACCAUAAUCUGAAUACUUCCGAAGCCCAUUAUCCAAAGAUAUGUAGCACGCAUAGCUAUCAGGAUAGGAUGGAUACGUUGCAAGCCGCACAGACGGUCGGGCUCGCCUGUUGUUCAGGUGUGAUCGUGGGGAUGGGUGAAGGGAUAGAUGACUUAAUUAAGGUGGCGAAAGCACUCCGGCAACUUGAGGUCGCCUCACUCCCAGUAAACUUUUUCUUGCCAAUAUUCGGCACGCAGCUGGUGGAAACGCCUACGCUAACGCCCGAUUAUUGUCUACGCGUGUUAUGUCUUUACCGAUUUCUGAAUCCUCAGGCUGAGAUACGGGUCGCUGCAGGCAGGGAGCAUCAUUUUCGGAGCAUGGAAGUGAUGGCACUCUAUCCAGCGAAUUCAAUGUUUAUAGACGGCUACCUGAAUGCGGAAGGCUCGACGGCAUCGCGCACGCUUGAAAUGAUUCGGGAUGCCGGGUUUACGGUGAAAACAAACAGUGAUGAUACGGAACCACUCAAGCAGGAA